AGACUGAGUUUAUUAAAGAGGACAGUGAGAACAUGAGUGAUCCAGAACCCUGCAGAAUGAAACACAUUGAAGAUACUGAAGAACAAAGAGACCUGAUGGAAGAGAGUGAAGAACUGAGUGAAGUGGAGGAGAAACAUCAUGACAAACCUGGAGAAAAACCUUUGAGUCGCUCAAAGAAUAAAAAGACAUUUUUAAAGAAAAAAAGAGCAAAGAAAUCUUUCACCUGCACUCAGUGUGGAAAGAGUUUCCCAUAUGAGAAAUAUCUUGAGAUUCACAUGAGAGUUCAUACUGGAGAAAAACCGUUUACAUGCACUCAGUGCGGGAAGAGUUACAUGCGAUCAUCACACCUUAACAGGCACAUGAUGAUCCACAACGGAGAGAAGCCGUUCACAUGUGAUCAAUGUGGAAAGAGUUUCUCAGAAAAACGAAAUCUUGAAAUUCACACAAGAAUUCAUACCGGAGAGAAUCCGUUCACAUGUAAUCAGUGUGGAAAGAGUUUCUCAGAAAAACGAAAUCUUGAAAUUCACACAAGAAUUCAUACUGGAGAGAAGCCGUUCACAUGUGAUCAGUGUGGGAAAAAAUUUCUUAGAGCAUCAGUCCUGAAGAGACACCUGACAGUUCAUAUGAAGGAGAAGCCACAUUCAUGUUCUGUGUGUGGAAAGAGUUUUUCACAUCCUAAAAAACUGAAAGAACAUCAGAAAAUUCAUACUGAUGUGAGAGAGUACAUGUGCUUUGGGUGUGAGAAGACUUUUACUACAGCAAACUGUUUAAAACAGCACCAGAGAAUUCACACUGGAGAAAAACCUUACAAGUGUUCACACUGUGACAAGAGAUUCAAUCGGUCAGGAAGCCUGAAAGCACAUGAGAUGAUCCACACUGGAGAAAAACCUUUCAAGUGUUCGUACUGCAACAAGAGCUUCAGUCUGUCAUCACAUCUGAAAAGACAUGAGACAAUCCACACCGGAGAGAAACCUUACAAGUGUUCCCACUGUGACAAGAGAUUUAAUCUGUCAUCAUGUCUGAAAAGACACGAGAUGAUCCACACUGGAGAGAAGCCACACACGUGUGAUCAGUGUGGAAAGAGUUUUGCUUUUAAAAGCUACCUUAGGCUACACAUGAGGACCCAUGCAGUGCAUAAAAUAUAUCACUGCUAUCUAUGUGGGGAGAAUUUUCCACAGUUAUCUUCUUUAUUCACUCAUACGAAGAACAAUCACAGUCUGAAGUCACGAACUACCAAAAAGCAUCUGGAAGAAGAGGACAGUGGGAACAUGAGUGAUCCAGGACCCUGCAGAAUGAAACACACUGAAGAUACUGAAGAACAAAGAGACCUGAUGGACGUGAACAAGAAAGGUUAAAACAGAAGCUAAAAAAUCUGUCACCUGCCCUCAGUGUCAAAAACUAUUCACAUGUAAAUCAAGCCUUAAGAAUCACAUGAUGAUCCACAUCGGAGAGAAACCUUACACCUGUGAUCAGUGCGGGAAGAGUUUCUCAUUUAAAGGACACUUUAAGAGACACAUGCGGAUGCACAGUGGAGACAGACCAUACACCUGUGAUCAGUGUGGGAAUAGUUUCCCAUGUAAACGAAACCUUAGGAUUCACAUGAGGAUCCACACCGGAGAGAGACCUUACACCUGUGAUCAAUGCGGGAAGAGUUUCACUCAGUCUUCCACUCUGAAAUCACAUCUGGCCAUUCAUUCUGAAGAAACACCAUUUAACUGUGGUCAGUGCGGUAAACGGUUUAACUGGGCAUCAGACCUGAAGAAACACCUGAAGAUUCACACAAAGGAGAAGAUUCAUUCGUAAUAUUAGAGCAGAGAAAAAACAUGGUGCUAUAUGUUGAAACCUUGGAAACACAUGGAAGGAUUCACACUAGAGAGAAACACAUCAGAGUUUGAUCAAUGAUCUAGUCUACGGUCUCGAUCACAGUAACUAGAUCAUCUUCAGAUCCAGCAGUGACAGCAACAGUGACACGAUAAAGCAUCUCUUCCAUAGAAAUCUGUCCUAAUCAGCUGCAGCGAAAGACACGACAAAGAAACAUCAUCCAAAGUCGUCAAAGUUCACCUUCAGGAGUUUGUGUCAGUGUUCUUAAUGGAUUUGUAUCAUUCAGUUCUCUUUCAUGAAGGAAAGCAGGAGUUUUUUUUUUUUUGUUUUUUUUUUUAAAUAACUGUCAUAUUUCAGGGAGCUAAAGAGAUCAUAAGACGUGAAUCUGAUUUGAACUGAUUCUUCAUUAUUUUUCAUUAGAACAUAUAGUUUCUCUUCCACUUCUACUUUUCCAUGCAAAUGCGAGAUAUACUUUAAUUUAUCUUUGAAACUGGACACUUUGCUUCUCUUCUUUUCUUGAGAUGCUUUGGCUCUUAGAAGUCAGUAAAGAGAAGGAUCUGUGUCAUUCAUUUUUGUGUUUUCUUCAGAUAAUGAUUAAUUAAACUCAAAACUCAUUUUAUCAAC